UCGAUCAGUUCUACGUUACGAAUUCCAGUUACACCAGGUUAUAAUAAAAGUAGCAAUGAAGUCUGUCAUAAAAAAAGGAUUUAAGAAGUGAACAGUUGAAAAGUAGCAAACUACAACCUAUCCUGGUCUACUGUAUAAACUCCUGAUACUAACCCCAGAAUAACCACUGAACCUAACCCUUGACCCACAUACAAGUAAAUUCCACGGACACCUGUGGCUUGAGCAAAACUCUUCCGAAGAAAGACAAACAAUGUAAAGUUAAAAGUGAAACGAAAGAGGCGAGAAGUUAAGAACGGGGAAGUGACGCUCGAGCUAAGUCGUCUUCAGCAGUUCUGACACAAAAUGGCAGCGACCAAAACAGUGCUUCUGGAGGCACUUCAGGAUCUGACAGAGCAAGAGUUGAAAGACUUCAAAUGGCGCCUGUGCAACAGCAAGAAUUCAGACAUUAAGUCCAUACCUCGAGGCACGCUUGAGAACACUAGCCGUUAUGAUGUUGUGGAUGUCAUGGUGCAGCGGUACGGUGCUUCAGAUGCUGCGACCAUCGCCGUCAGUGUGCUACGCUUAAUAAAACACAAUGAGCUGGCCGAUCAGCUAACGGGAAAACUCCAGGAAGUGUCUUCAGACUCAGAAGUAGCUGGUGCGAGUGCUGGUGCCGGUGCUGGUGCCGGUGCUGGAGCGUCAUCUGGUGCUGGUGCUCAGACUUCAGGGCUUUCGGUUAAUAUUCAGUCCUCCAACGGAGCGAGUGUCAAAGCCCCAGUCAUUCAUGGUGGUGUUUUUAAUGGCCCACUAACAUUUAAUUAAAUCUAUCUAUCUAUCUACCUAUCUACCUAUCUAUCACAAUGCUAGACAGAAUCAUUAUGAUAUUGAGUUUUUUCUACUAUAUUUUCUUGCAGUAAUGUUUUGAUAUGGACUCAGGGACCGUAUGAUCUUUGUACCACAACACACAUUUUUUUUUACUAUACAGACACAAAUAAACAACUUCUGAUCAGCUCUCAACACCUGCAUGGACCUGUU